CUUUUAUAUUUUUAUCACGUGACUUUAGAGACAAAAUGGCAGACAAGAUGGUUGUCAAAACUUGCCUGAAUUCAACUUGGAGUAGUUACAGCGUGUUUGUAGGAUUUGUCGUCUCUACCCAGGCGGUCAGCUUUUGACAAAUGAAAUGAAGAGAAGAGUUGAACCAAGCAAUGGCUCAAAAUCUGAUACAGAUCGAGCUAAGCGUGUUUACAGAGCUGCCUUGGAGUCUAUCAAAUGUUUGGAAAGCAUCAACAAAGGACAGAAGGCAUACCGUGAAGUAUUCAGACAAGAUGCAGUGGGGCUUCGGAAUAACAUGUACGCCGUCAUGGCUCCGUGGAGACGGCCUACAGGACCCAUCUAGCUGCUGCCAUAGGUUACUACCAGCACUUGCUGUUCAGGCUACAGAGAGAGUUUUCCUUACGACUGGCCGGCGUCAUUGACUACUACCUUUUGCAAGACCAGAGACCAGGAAGGAGAGGUGACACCGGUAGUGUCAAGCCAGUCAACCCGAGUGUGCAAGAGUGGGCUCAGAGAGCGUGUCACAGGUGUCUCAUUUGUUUGGGAGAUGUGUUGCGAUAUAUUUGUGAUGUGGAUCAUAUGGCAAUACCAACAACCGCUGAGCGUUACUACCAUCAGGCUUUCAUUCUUUUCCCGGAGAUAGGUAUGCCUCACAACCAAUUGGGGACUCUGGCCGGCUCGAGAUACUGUGGUUGUGAAGCAGCGUAUCACUACAUGCGAUGCAUGGAGAUGAGUGAGCUGCAGGAGCUGUGCCAACACACCCUACAAGACUUCAAUCUAUGCAUGUUCUACGAGCCCCAGCACCAGAUGCCAACGGCCGACUGCGGCGACGUGGACGACCCCCUGGAGGAUGGCGAGGAGGCGGACGGUUCAGGCGACCCCGGUGACCCCAUCUCCUUCCUCUAUCUGGACAACGGGAUUGUGUUCAAAAUUGUCUGCUGUCUCAUGUGUACCAUACAACUUCUGGAGAAAACUGGCUCCAUCAAUGUCACGGCGGCCAUGGCGUUUCUCCUGGCCCUCUUCUCUCACAUUCUGAACCACGUGUUGAUGAGACUUCAGGCCCGCAUGGACGAUCUACAACACCCAAACAAGAUUCUGCUUGCUGGCUCGGCCUUGUCUAAAAUCCAGACCCACCCGAAUUCGGAAUCUCCGUAGGAGAAGAAAGCGGAGGCAACUGAGUGACAGUAGUGAAGACGCCAUGUCAGACUGGUCGGAUAUGUCUGAUCUCAGCGAAGGAAAAGCAGAGGCGGAGGAUCAGCUGGUCUCCAGUGAAUCGGACGACGACGAUCUGGCCAGUUACUUUGACCGCGGCUCUGAUUCGGACCUCUCUGACACAGAGGAGUGCAGUCAGCCCACGGAGCCCAACAACACACGUCCUCAAGGUGGGUCCACGUGGCCGUCCUCGGGCCACGCCCUGCCCAACGGCGACCUGCAGCACAUCUGGUCCAACGGCGUGGACAACAGCGGCCUGGCACACAUGUCCUCCGAGCUCUUCUCCUCCUCCCUCAUGUUCCUGGGCCAGGACCUGGCCAACAACCCCCACGCCUCCGAGAUGUCGCAGGGGAACGAGGAGGUUCCCGUGCCACCCGGUUUCAUGUCCUCGCUGGAAGCCAAGCAUGUUGCUGAGAUCACCGAGAAACUGGCAAACUUUGAGAUAGAGACGGACACAGAGACCAACUUCUUUCCUACCGAUACUGAACAAUCAGGGAAUUUGACCGAAACAGAUGAAGCAGACAACGAGCAAAGUUCUUCCAGUAACACGGAAAAGCAAGAAAUGGGACAGCGUAAACUGCAGCAUAGGUUAGAGGCUGUCCAAGCGGAGGGUCUGCUGCCCACUGUCAAGGUCAUGUGUGAUUGGAUGCGGGGACAGGUGUCGAUCAUCUCUGUCUGUGCUCAGAGUUCCCACACACUGUGGCAACGGUUGUCUCUGCUCCUCAACUUUUUACCGCAUGAAAACGAGUUGUCCCAUCAUGACGUGUGCUGGGUGCAGGAGCUGCAGCUGAUUGCCACGCAGACGCGGUUCUCGGACUGGGCCCAGGGUUUCCCCCUGACAGAGGACAUCGAGAUGUGUCAGCUGCCGUCGCUGGCAGAGGUCCACGGGCAGAUCGACUUCACCAUCCGGCACCGCGCUCAGCUCACCGAUAUGCAAGAGACUUUUCUUCGUAUCUGUUGCCUGCGUCGCUUUGGUUACUUCCUCACAGCCAUCGAAGGCAUCGACUUCUGCUACCAGCCAGAGACUGCCUUGUUCCUGGGGCCGUCCGUGGACUCGAACCUGCCGGCCAGUAGCCAGGACACCAUGGAGAAGAUGAAGGACACCGAGAGCCGACGCAACCAGCUCAUGCGAGACAUGGCCCAGCUUAGGCUACAGGCGGAGGUUCGGGAGCUGGAGGGCAGCCUCAAGACGUCGGACCAGCAAGUGUUCCCUCCGUACGUCCUGGUGGAUGACGCAGCUCUCUGUCGCCACCUGACCAAGGUCAAGGAACUGGCAGCUACGGCGCGGUGCAUCCUGGUCAUCCCCUUAGCAGUUGUGGACAGCCUGGACAUGAAGAAAAAGGAAUGCACCAGUGCCAGGGAGGUCAUCAGGUGGCUGGAGGUCCAGCUCCGGAAAGGCAACAGAUAUAUCCGUGCCCAGAAGAAUCAGGAGACCUUGUUGUCCCAGCAGCACGGCAUCCUGAAGAAGAAAAACCGGGACUCAUGGUACAUUCUGGAACUUCUGGGCUGUGCUCGCUACCUGGCCCAGCAGACGGGCACCUUCACGGGCAACAACAGCGUGGUGGUCAUCCUGACCGGGGAGCACAAGCUGCUGGAGCCGCCUCUUCUGCCGGUCAUCCAGCAAGUGAGGACCUCCGCCCAGCAGGAAGGUGUGAGCGUGGAGACGGUGACUGAGUUUAUAGCACGCUGGAAGAGCUUCCUGCAGCAGCCGCCAGAGCAAGUGACGGGAGACGGCUGAGGCGCCCGCUCUGAGGCUCACUUCUGAAGUCUCUUCUACUGCACCCUUCUUAAGGGGGAGGGAAAAGAAAAAUCACCAAGGAAUGAGAUUGCAUUCAACGCACAGUAAUUAUUCAUGGAGGAAUAACGUUCUGCGAGCUGCUAUUGCGCUUGGCAGACGCCCUGCUUUUAUCUCACUAGGGGGGUCUGUGGUGUGAGCGCGUCCGACGAACCCCCCUCACGACACAACAGCCGUUUGUGGCUCUCUCUGUGUGUGGGCGGGGCGGCACAGCCUUGGAUACCGUGUCCAGUACCGUCUCGGUCGCUUGCCCCCAGGAACUGUCGGAGCGUUGUGUGUGUUCUAAAUAUAUAUAUAGAUCCCCCCGUGACUGUAGAUUGAUGAACUUUGUGUAUAUGUCGUUUGUGUGUAAAGAAUGAGCUAACGGUGUGCAUUACAGAACUAAUGCAUGGUGAUUUGUGGGUUUUGUUUUUGGUUUCCACUCGUUUUAUAUGCUUUUUUCCCCCUCUCAUUGAGUUGAUACGGUAGCAACAUAUACCUGGAUGCAGAGGAUUGUAGUCUAUAAAGAGUCUGCAUGCAUGUGUAUCAAGUUGUCUCAGUGAAUAUAUAUACGUGUGUACGCGUAUCUCGGGUACCCAACGCACUAUGGCAGGACUUGGAAGGGUUUUCUACAUUUCUGUGCCAGAAGCUGAAGUCUGUGAAUGUAUGUCUGUCCAAACAGGAAGAAAAAUGUAGAGAACAAGCGUGGCUGUGUUCAUAGAGCAGCAAGCUCGUGUGACACCUCGCUGUGGAAACCAGUGCUUACUUAAAGUUAACAUACCCAUCCUCUCUCAACAUAUUUGGUCUUUUCUAUACCGCAUUCCACUUCACUUUCCUUGAAGGAGCUUGACUUUUGUGAUGCUUUUAUUGAUGCUGUGUUGAGUCAUAGAAAUACUGGAGAGCAGAUUAGGACGGC